UCACGCACGGGCCUUGCCCUUUCCUUCAGGCCCUCCACGGAUGGAACCACCUCCCGCAGCUUGGACUCAGCAGCAGGCCCGAACCCACCGGCCUGGUCCUGCUCUGCCCUUGGACGAGCCUAUCCACGGGGCUGCCACCCCCCCCCCCGCCCCAAGCCCCAGGACCACCCAGACCUGAGUUUUUCUCUGCUGGGGCCCAUGUUGGUGCCCAAAGGGACCCCCCCCAAUACGACCCUCGGCCAGCGCUCCCCUCAGCCCGGACUGCAGGUUUCUCCCCCCGCUCCCCCUUAUAUACCCUCCGCGCCCCACCACCGCCACCACCAGCAGCCAAUCAGGGGAGGGGGUGCGACGCCCCCUCCCCUAACUAGGCCAAUGGGAGGCAGGGGCGCGAGGCACGCGGCCAAUCAGGAGGCGCAGGUGCCCCCCAGCCCGCUUCCCGCCACCGCUCCCCAGUGUGAGAAACCACCGCAGCCGCACCCCACCCCCCCCCCCCCCCACGCCCCGAGGAAGCGCGAGGCGCCGUCAGCGCCCCCCACCCCACCCCACCCCGUGAGGGCGCCCAACGGUGUGCCCAGGCACCUGGCCAGCUUGACCCAAAACAGAGGUGUUUUCUUCAAAGCAGUGGAUUUACACAGUAAGGUUUUGAGAGGGUGUAGGUAUUUAAUUGCUGACCCUGCCAAGGGAUCUACCCACGUGCCAGCGCUGGGCUCCUGCAGUCGAUGCUGGAUCAGCAGAAGUAAACUGAUAAUUAUGAAAAAGUGAGAUGGAAGACAUUCCUUUUGAAAUUGGUUUCUUUUACAGUACAGGACAAAAAUAAAUUAUGAGUAGAAAGAAGUUAAAAUUGUUCCUCUCAAGCAACUCUCCUGUAUCAAUGCUUAAUCCUUCCAUUAUGUGUGGUAUCAUUAAUCAUUCCACUGUAAUAUUUGACACACACAUUUGUGGGACAAAUUCAGAUCUAAUAUAAAAGCUGCGAUAAUACUGACUUAUGUGGAACUGGAGCUAAUUAUAACAUAUUUGAAUUUUCAUCUUUCAUGAAAGGCCUCUAUAAAAUGAACAACCUUUCACACCGUUGAAAUGAGACUGUCUGAGUGAGACAGGCAAGCAGAUGAGAGGAGAGGAAAGAAACUUUGUCCAAGGACAACAGGAGAAAUCUCAACAUCAUAAUGAGCCCAUAUCUGUGGAAAAUAAGCUCAGUUUUUGGUGGAUUCUUUUUAAUUGUGGGUUGUUUGUUUUUUUUUUUUU